CAACUUCAAAACAUUUGCAUUUCUCAAUUUUCGUCCGUGAUCAGUCUCACGCAUGGCAUCAAAUACGAAUCAGGCUCCUCCCGGGGAGCCUGCGAAGGCGGACAUCGCCUUGCUUGAGUCCUUGCGGACCAGGUUGAUGUCGCUGGUGUGGAUUCUGGAGCAGAUGAAGAAAGAGCUCAUGGCAAACCCGACAGCACCGCCGGACUGGCCCACUAUUCAGCGCAGCAUCUCCGCUGUUAGCAACACCAUAACCUCCAUCCAGUCCUUCAUCAACAAAGAUCCCGAAACCCACUCCACCUUCCGCGCCCUCCACUCGUUCCCCAUCCCGCCCUUCCCAGCCGCAAACGAGUCGCUUGGAACGAUCAUAGAAGCCAUUUUGUCCAAAGAGCCCGGCGCAAAGGAAAAAGACUGGAUCCUUGACAAAAUCAUUAAAGCCGCCGAAUUUGCGCACGUGCCUAGUGAUUGGGAUAUUCAGGCGAAACCCCCAGUCGAUGAGCAAGACGAGGAUAUGGACGAGGGCGGAGAGGGUAGCUUAAAGCUCAGAAGACAGAAGGCCAAUCUGGACGAGGACCAGCUCGCGGACCUGUGGAGAGAUGUGUAUGAUAUUGUGAAUGAGGUGGCGAAGGUCUCCAACCAAAACCAGGAGGAGGACGACUCUAGCGCGUCAGGCGACGAGGAAGAUGAGGAGAUGGAGGAUGUGUUAGAGACGGGAACGCCUGUGCAGGGUGUAGGGGGCGAGAAGGAGAAGAAGGUCAAGGAGGAGCAGCCGAUGAUGUCGCUCGAUACGAUUCACAGGUUCAUGUCGACGGGAUCGACAUUUCGGUAGCCUCGGAUUGUAAAACUCUGUGGCAGCGUAACGAGCGAAAGAUGGAUGGCAUGGCUUCGGCGUAACGGAGCAGAUAUGAUACCAAUGGUCUUGCCAAGGCAUGGCAAUCGGUUUGUAGGACUGAAUCGAACAUGUUUUGGGUAUAAUGCUACGAAGGCUCAUCUUGAUCUCGUG